GUUUAAGUUUAUUAGGAAAAAAAUGAAUGUUUUUGGUUAAGAACUCGAACAUGAAGGCAAAUCCGUUCUCUCUUUGGUUUUUGAUUCCUUGGUGCGGGGCCGGCUUCCCGGUCCUCCCACUCGACCUUCGAGAGCUUCGAGAUGAUCGCGCGCUGCUGAUGCCAUCUGAGACCACUGGGCAGCAAGAAGUGGUAAAUAUUCGCUUCGCACCUGGAGAUCGAGAGGAUGUUUUUUCAGUACGCCAUAGUGAAACCGGUGAGAAAGUUCCGUUUUUUCCUUCGGCCACUGACGGAUUCACCUGUUUGGACGCGUUCAACGCUUUGAGGAAGAACGCGCCGCAUCGAAAAUACUUUUUUCACGAAGCAGCAGGAGGCUUUCCGACAGACUUCAAAAAAUUUUUCGCGCCCGAAUACGCCCCGCAUUUCUGUGAAGCCCUGGGCCUACCAUCGCCAGUUUUCGAUUCGCCUCGAGCGAGAAAUCCAGUGGCAGAUGAAGAAACCGAAAACGAUCGCCGCAAGCGGGAGGUUUCCAGAGACAAUUGGCUCCUUUUACAUCCGCGCAACCCUGUAUACGAAGCUAAGCGCAUGCAAUUUCGGAAAGGAACCGAGCCAGCAAAGUAG